AUAUAUAUAUAUAUAUAUAUAUAUAUAUUUGUAUUUUUCUGUUUCUAUCGAUGCACUAAAAACCUUCCCCGUUUGAAGAGGAGAUAUUAUAAUUUGUGUAGAAUAUUUGAUAGGAUUUUGUUACCAAUUAAUGUGAAAAAAGUUACACUUAUUUCACAUUAUUAAUUAAAAUUACACAAAAAAAAAAUAAUUAUAUGAUUAUCUACAGAAAAUAAUGAUAAAAAAUUACAUAAACCAAUUGAAAUUAUCCGAAUUUCAUAUUUCAAAUAAGUUGAAAAUAUUUGAAGAGAAAAUUGAAAUUAGGACGUCACCAUACGUGCGUGGGUGUGUCCGCGCACCUUCGGGAAACCGUGACUCUUCCUCUCUCUCACUCUCUAUAUAUAAAGUAGUCUCAACUGCAAGUUGUUCACCAGUCAACAAGCAAACAUUAUGGUUAUGUAAAACAAUAUUGUGUAGUAUGGAUGGGGAAAGAAGGAAGAGAAAGGUGGAGGACGAAGAAGACGAGGAGGAGAAGAUGGAGAAGUUUUUUGCUCUGAUCAGAAAUAUCCGAGAGGUGCGUGACCGAAUGACCACCGGCGGCGGAGACACCACGAAGAAGGCGGCGGCAGCGGAGGAGAAGAGGGUUGCCGUUUGGAAGCCGGCGUUCAUACCGGAGGAUUUCAUGGAGGAUUUUGGUGAUCUGUCUAAAGGUGGUAAGGCAGCAACCGUAGCAAUGACGGCUGCAGGUCCUUCUAAGAAGAGUGAAGAUGAACAUAAAGUAGAAGAUAAAGGAGGUGGUGGCGGCGGCGGUGGUGAUGGCGGUGGUGGCGGCGGCUUAGACCUCAACCUUUCUCUCUAAUGUUUUUAAUUAGUUUUGUUACUGACCAUCAUUGAGGCUGUACUGGUCCAUUACAGAUUUAUAAAUUCAAAAUGACUAAUUUCUGAAUUUAAUAUGAAAUAGGGAUCUAUCUGCUUGAUCAUUUUCACAGAAAUUGCAU